CCACCGAAGCAGGAUCGCUGCGCGCUCCAGUCAGUCACACACCUCAGCUCAGCAUGUCUCCGUCGGAGGGUCCCAACAAGGUCCGGCUGGUGUUCCUCGGGGCAGCCGGGGUCGGCAAGAGCGCGCUCAUCCGCCGCUUCCUCCACGACCACUUCGAGCACAAGUACACGCGCACAGUCGAAGAGCUCCAUGUGCUAGAGUACGACACUGCGGGGUCUGGGAAGAUGCGCCUGGAGAUCUUGGACACGAGCGGGAGCUACUCCUUCCCGGCCAUGCGGGAGCUUAGCAUCCGACACAGCGACGCGUUCGCGCUCGUGUACGCGGUGGACGACCCCGGGUCCCUGGAGGAGGUGCGGCGGCUCCGCGACGAGAUCCUGGAGCUGCGGGGCGGCAAGAGCGCGCCCAUCACCGUGGUCGGCAGCAAGGCAGACCUGACAGACACUGAGGGUCGCGUGCUGCAGGCGGCUGAUGUCAUGGCCACAGUGGAAGGUGAGUGGGAAGCCAACUUCGUGGAGGCGUCCGCGCGCACAGGUGGGAACACGGUCGGAGUGUUUGGCGCGCUGCUGCAGCAGGUGAACCUGCCGCCCCGGCUGAACCCUGCGGCGUGGAAGCGAAGAGACACGGUGCCAAGGCCAGCGGUCAAGAGGAGACCACCACUGAAGAAGAACAACAGCUGUAUCUUGUCUUAGGAGCAUUUUCUGCAGUGGAUGAAGGACUUUGCAGCUGGACUGCAGCUGGACACAGAACUCUACCUGGUUUGUCCAGAGGUGGGAAGAAGGUCCCCUUUGAACUAAUCGAAGCUUUACUGCCUUUGAAAGUCUGGACAGUAAUGACU